CGACACCGCCUGACACCAUCAUUUCAUGGAUGCACCCAAAGCCUGAGUGCAGAGAGACUCUCUCCCCCCCCCCCCCCCCACUCCUCACUUUCUACCAACUUUUGCUCACCUCACUCACCAGUCUCCCUCACCAGGCAGUCCCCUCAUGGUUUUUCAUACUCUAUACUGUUUUCAUGGGUGAGCAUCUCCUUUUGUAGGCNUCAGAGUAUUUCUCGGUGCAGAUCCUCUUGUGGAUUGUAGAAGUGAAGAUGCAGCUCCGCACGGUUCUGGACGUUAACGUUGUGGACGUGCAGAAGAGAAGGAACCCCUCCAAACAUUAUGUGUACCUCAUCAACGUCACUUACUCAGACUCCACCUCCCAUGUCAUCUACAGGAGAUACAGCAAAUUCUUUGACCUACAGAUGCGAAUCCUUGACAAAUUCCCGAUUGAAGGAGGACAGAAGGACCCCAAAAAGAGGAUUAUUCCUUUUUUGCCAGGUAAAGUCUUGUUUCGCCGGAGUCACAUCAGAGAUGUAGCCGUCAGAAGGCUGAAACACCUGGAUAAUUACUGCAAAGCUCUGAUGAAGCUUCCCUCCCACCUUUCCCAAAGUGAGGAGGUCCUUAAGUUCUUUGAGACCAAGUUAGAGGACCUCAACCCUCCCACAGAAGACUGUGGGGGCUCCGGCAAACGUAAAUCAGGUUUGGAUGCUUCGGAUCCCAUGCUCCUGGAACAGUAUGUGGUGGUGGCCAAUUACGAGAAACAAGAGCCUGCAGAAAUCAGCCUUCAAGCGGGCGAGGUGGUCGACGUCAUUGAAAAGAGCGAGAGUGGUUGGUGGUUUGUCAGCACUGCAGAGGAGCAGGGUUGGGUCCCUGCUACCUAUCUCAAUUCUCACAGUGGCACACGAGAUGACUUGGAGCUAGGCGCCUCUAAAGCUGGGGAAGAAGAGAAGUACGUAACAGUGCAGCCCUACACCAGCCAGGGUAAGGAUGAGAUUGCUUUUGAGAAAGGAGCCAUUGUUGAGGUGAUUCAGAAGAACUUGGAAGGCUGGUGGUUUAUCAGGUACCAGGAUAAAGAGGGCUGGGCUCCAGCUUCUUACCUGAAGAAGAUGAAGGAUGACCUCUCUCCCCGGAAGAAGACAGUGACAGGCCCAGUGGAGAUCAUUGGAAACAUCAUGGAGAUCAGUAACCUGCUCAACAAGAAAGCCUUGAGUGAGAAAGAUGUGCAGACCGAAGGUGUCCCAGAGAGCCCCCAGGUGGCCAGGAAGGAGAUCAGCUUGCCAAUUCCUUGUGCUGACUCCAGCCCUGUCAAUACCCCACAGGAUGGAAAAAGUAAAGCAGAACCUGCCUCACCAGCUGUAGCCCGCAUCGCCCCUCAUCGGGUGGAAAUUGGUUCCCCAGUUCUCAGGCAAAAACCUCCUCCUCGAAGAGAUGCAACCUUGGGAUUUCAGUUGCCCUCCCCACCAGAGCCCCCUACAGUUGAAGCAGAGUAUUACACCAUUGCAGAUUUCCAGUCCUGUAUAUCUGAUGGUAUCACUUUCAAUGGAGGACAGAAAGCAGAGGUCAUUGAGAAGAACUCUGGUGGUUGGUGGUAUGUCCAGAUAGGAGAGAAAGAGGGCUGGGCUCCCUGCUCCUACAUUGACAAACGUAAGAAGCCCAACCUGAAUCGUAGAACAAGCACUCUGUGCCGCCCAAAAGUUCCACCCCCAGCUCCGCCUGUAAAAAAACAAGACUCAGUGGAGAUUGCACCUCCCAGCAGCCCCGGGUCUGAAGCUCCAGAGUCCCCUGUGUCUCCUGGGAGGCCAGUGUAUGAAGAACCAGAAUAUGAUGUCCCUGCCAUUGGUGAUUUGGACCUGGAGUCUGAGUUUGAGUUUCUGAGGGGAGAAGGUUCCUUGGUGGAUGUCAAGAAUGAGGACACUUCCUCCGAGAAGGGAUCCCACCUGUCCUCCAAGCCGUCUCCAGCUUCGUCACUCCACAGUGCCUCCUUCAAGAUGGGUGAGUCAUUUGAAGAUGGCCAUGAGGCUGAGGUGGAGGUGGAAGGAGAGGAAGAGUGUAUCUAUGAGAAUGAUGGCUUCCGGCUCUUCAGGGACACACCAGAGAGGCAGUGCAGCAGGGACUCGAAUUCCUCCAAGACAAGUGUCUUGUCAGAAACCGGCAAGACUGCAAACCCAACAUCAGGUGGUUGGAGACCUGCAGGUAACAAGUUCAAGAUCGACUUGAAUGGGAGCCCAAUUUUAAACAAAGCUGAGGAGGCAUCCAGUCCAAAAUCUGCCUCCACUGACUCCACCCCAGAUUUGUCCAGAACUAAGAAAGAUCAAGAGGAAAGCAAGGCAUCCUGUUCUUCCAAGUCUUCCUCAAAACUAAAGCCAGUGGUGAGGCCUAAACCACAACUAGCCAAGGCGUCCAGUGCAGAGAAGAUGGACAUCAGCACCUUGAGAAGACAGCUGCGGCCAACAGGGCAGCUGAAGAACGGCACCAAAACUAAAGGUGAGGACUCUGAGACAGCUUCAGUCAUCUCUUCAGAGGACUCCUUCUCCUCUCAGAGCACAUCCGAUCUCUCUUCCAUCUAUUCUAAAGGCAGCCGUGGAGACUCUGACCUGGAAGGCUCCAACCUGUAUCGCACCACAGAUCCCUAUGAGAAAGUCCAAGAAUCUGAGCUCAGCUUCCCUGCUGGAGUGGAGGUGGAAGUGGUGGAGAAGCAGGAGAGUGGCUGGUGGUAUGUACGUUGGGGCAAUUCAGAGGGUUGGGCUCCAACUUAUUACCUUGAGCCCGUCAGGCAACAAGAUGACAUGGCAGGGUCUGAAUCUGAUGGCACCCCGACAAAACCGGGAAGCCUCAGCAAGUCCAACAGCCUGGAGAAGAAUGAACAAAGGGUGCAGGCAUUGAACAACAUCAACCAAAACCUAAAGAAGGUCACCCCACCCAUUCCCUCCAAGCCUCCAGGUGGCCUCUCCAAACCUACCAGCCUAUUCGGUUCACGGAAGCAGAAUAGCGCCAAACAGCAGCAGGUUGUCAGACCUCAGUCUGUAUUCAUAUCAGGCCCGAUCAGGGAUGGUCCUAGCCCUGUUGGCUCUCUCAGGAGAAACGAGUCCCUAAACUCCACAGACCACCCUCGUGCCAGCCCCACAGUGAGACGCAAUGCCUCCUUUGGCACUGUGCCACGCAGCCUGGCUCCAAACAACAUAGCACUACCCAGCAGGAACAGGUCCGGUACCGGUAGCUCUGAAUCCCUUGGCCUCAGUUCUCAGAAGAAUGCCCUCCCUGUGUCCACGGUGAAACCCAAGCCCCACAUCAUCCAUAACAACCUCAGAGAGGUGUAUGUCUCCAUAGCGGAUUACCAUGGUGACGAGGAGACCAUGGGAUUCCCUGAAGGGACGAGUCUGGAGGUCCUGGAUAGAAACCCCAAUGGAUGGUGGUACUGCAAGAUUCUGGACAAUGGCAGACCAAGGAAGGGAUGGGUUCCCUCAAAUUACCUCGAGAGAAAGCACUAGCGCUCAUGUGUGGAGCUGGCGGAACUCUGAACAUGUGUGUAAAGACUACUCAAACAGAUGCAUUUAUUUUGUGAAAAAGGCUAACCCUUAGACGUUAAGCAAGGAUUGAAAGCUUACCCGGUAACUUUGCCAAAAUUACCAGCCAGCUCAAAUCGUGACUUUGAAAUUAAAUGAGACAUCUGGUAAAAUGAGUCUACAUGAUACAGUGCCUAAGACGUUGCAUUAGGAGCAAUAUAUUGGGACUUUAUGACACAGCCAAAGAGAACACCAGAGUGGAAGAAUGAUUUAAUGAUAUCCAUCAGUGUUUACCUUUAACUUGAACUAAAAUGUCAUUUUGUGUCCUCUCCUUGAACCUUUCUUUGUAAGUUUAUAAUGUAAUUUUUUAAAAAACUUUUUAAGCAUUUAAAGCUUACUGCAUGUUUGAAAUGAUUCAUUAUACUGACGAUGCCUUGAGCUAGUGAAAUUGAACCUUUUUCUCCUUCCUUCGGUAAAGAAAAUGUCAGUUGUUGCCAAAGCUGCUUUCUGUUAGAUUCAUCUUGGUGCUGUCUGUUUGCAUGUUUUUUUUUAUAUCACUUUAUACUGUAUGUCGCCUUUAUGUGAAAUAUUUUAUCCAUUUAAUUGUGUAAUAUAACGAAACAAUUUGUGAGCAUUUCUGUUUAUUACAGUAUUUUCUUACGAUUAAAUGUAAAAACAAUCCCUGAUAAUGAUCCCCCCUGGAACAAAAAUUAAAACUUCCCUAACGAAUUAUAUUUAUUCAUUCCUUAAAAAUCAUAUUACUACUUAUUUUAUUAUUAUUGUAAGAAAUGUACUGAUUUAAAAAAAAAAUCACAUUUGCUUAAACAUUUUCUAAGAACUGCUCUAUUAAUCAUGAUAACAGUUUGAAUUUCUGCUGGGCAGUAAAUUUGACAUAGCUUCAGCUGCAGCAGUACUGGGAUGCUCACUUUUGUUUCAUGUUAACUGUGUGACCAGUGAUCAUAACUGAAGUGCCAAAAGAAUGAAUUGAAUAAAUGCACUUUUGAACAA